CUAUACAUAAUUAAUUAUAGCUACAUCAUAAACUAUUCUAGUUCUAUCUAGAAUGGGAAAUUUACUGUCUGGAAGUCGUGCUCCCAAACAAUCAUCUAUCAGGGACACCACUCCUGAGUACUUAGCAUUUCGAAAGUGCUAUGAGAAUGUAAUUGCUACUGUAAAAGAGCAACCUGGCGCCAUCUGUGAUGCCCUCUAUGCAAAGGGGUAUGUACCCUCUUCUGUUCGCGAUUUCACCCGAAACAUGUCAAUACUGGAUGAAAUGAAAGCUCAGAAACUUGUGGACACUAUUAUCGAUCGGAUUGAACGUGAUCCCAAUGUUUUCCAUGGCUUUGUUGACAUUAUAAAGGGCCCUUCUACUGACGAUAUUGUCAGAAUCCUACAAGAAGCCUACGACACUGAAUGUGGUAUAGUUGGGGCCGGGGAUCCCGAGCCUGAACAAUCACAUCAAGCAAAAUUUAGUGCUGAAUGUGACUAUAGAGAGCUUGAACAACUGACAUCACAUCAACUUACGUCAAAACUCACAGAAGGAACUGAAGACAAUGAUUCUUCUGGAGACGAGUCAUUUCACUCUACUGCAGCUGAACUAAGGAGCUUUAUCUGUCCUUUCUGCAAUGAAUGCACUCUCGAACGCUUUUUUUCUGAAGAGGGCUGUCCACAUAGAACGAGAUCAAUUGAAGGAUACAGCAAGCUAUUUCCGUACAUGGAUGUAAAGGGUCUCGAAAAGGAUGAUAUUAUUGAUCUGCAACAAAGAUUGAUAUCUGAUACGAAAGAAAUUCUCACAAAAUUUGCUGAUUUUUCGAUUUAUAUUCGGGAGUCAUUAAAAAGGCAAAAUAUCCUUCUAGAAGAAAUCAAACACUCCAUCUUAAGCCUCAGGGCUUUCAGAGAAAUAGACAAUGAAGUAAAAGUGCUUGACAGUAUAGAACAUCAAGAGAAGUUACUUGGGGCAAGUUCAGUGUCUGAGAUGUUCUUGAUUCUUCAAAGUAAUAACUACAUCUCGUUCUACAAUUACCAUUUACUGGAACACCUCAUUAAGCAUCAUGGGUGCUCUGAUGACCAUAGGCUACUGGAAGAAUACCUAAGAGAUUUGCAUACCUUUUGUCAGCGAAAUGUAUUUGAAAUUCCACCAUUAGUAUUUUCUAGUGGAUGCAAUGUUCCCGAAAAAGGUAAGCUGUUUGCUCUCAAAUGUGCAACAGGUGUUGAAACACUGGAAGGAGUGCAAGCACUCCAAAACGAAGUAGCAAAGGUGUUUGGUUUGCGGUUUUCAGCUCUGCGACUAUGCUUGAUUAAGAAUGGCUGUGUCGAGCUUCACCUCAUGGUUUCUGCUGCUGUUGCUAAAAGUAUCUUGCCAGUGUCUCACGAGCAUCACUUAGCUCUUAGUGAGAUUGGGGUCAAAUUUCUCGAGCUAUCAGAUCAGCUAAUUCUAGCGUGUUUGAAAGGGUCAAUCUCAGAAGUGGCGUCUCUCAUGGAACACGGAGCAAGUGUGGAUUGCAGAUCGAAGGAUGGGACAUCGCCACUCCUAGCUGCCUGUGAAGGAGGUCACACUGAGACUGCAAAGUUGUUGAUUGACAAGGGGGGAGCAGAUGUGAACCAGCUUGUUAGGGAUGGGACAUCCCCACUCCUAGCUGCCUGUGAGGGAGGUCACACUGAAACUGCGCAGUUGUUGAUUGACAGGGGAGCAGAUGUGAACCAGCUUGUUAGGGAUGGGACAUCCCCACUCCUAGCUGCCUGUGAGGGAGGUCACACUGAGACUGCAAAGUUGUUGAUUGACAGGGGAGCAGAUGUGAACCAACUUGAUAAGCCUCACUGAAAAAGAGCAAAGAAGUGAUACAGAGCAUCAGAAAACAUGAAAGAGACUGAUCGGGUGUUAUACAGGGGGGAAGGGGAUAUCCCCCUAAAAUUCGCAUUCAAGUACUAGUUGUAUGACUGACUGAGUGUCCAUAGCUGGCAAUUUUACAUACUAACAGGGUAUUAAUAGGGUAUUGAAAUAACAGCUAGUUGAUCGACAUUUUUUUUAGCAAACUUUUUUCUUAUUUCCCCCCUCUACUUCAAAAUCCUGUAUUACACCCUAUAAAUUAUUGUUUUUCUCGUUUCUCUCACUAUAAUUAUU